AUGCAACGCAUAGGGUUUGUGACGAGAGAAUCAUUUCAUGAUCAACCUGCCCCAACCACGUUGCCCACCCAACCCGACCCACCCUUUCCUCACAGAUUACGCGAGGAGCCAGCAGCGUAUGGGCGGCUGGGGCUGGCAACCCUGCUGGAGAUGCGCGAGGAGUGUUUGAGGGAGUUCCAUUUCUUUGAUGCGUACCGUGCUGUCAAGCAGCGGGAGAAUGACGUGUCGCUGUCAGUGCUGCCGGACCUUCUAGCCGAGCUCGACAGCAUUCCUCCUCACCCUUCACCCAUCCUGGAGAUCUACCGCAUCCAUCCAUCCCCCUCCGUUUCACCCCCACCCGUCUCACCCACACCCCCCUUUCCCCAUCACCAGGAAGAGCGGCUGCUGACGGUUAUGGGGGGCGUGCUGGCCGCCAACAUAUUUGACUGGGGGUCGCGGGAGUGUGUGAAGCUGUACCGCAGCGGCACCAUUCUGGAGAUCUACCGUAUGAGCCGUGACAAGAUGAAGCGUCCCUGGCGGGUGGACGACUUUGACGCCUUCCACCAGCGCUGGCAGCACCGUCCGUACGGCAAGGCGUUGCUGUUUGUGGACAAUGCUGGGGCGGACGUAGUGCUGGGGAUGCUGCCUCUUGCACGGGAGAUGCUCCGAGCCGGGACUAAUGUUGCCCUGGUGGCCAACUUGCUGCCAGCCAUCAAGGACGCUACAUCAGAACCAACUGCCUUGCCAGUGUGGUGCUUGAUGCAUCUGAAUUCAACUCCUCACCACCCUUCCGCACCGCUCCCUCUCGCCCUGCAGGUGGUGCUGGUGGCCAACUCGCUGCCAGCAAUCAACGACGUGACAGCAGACGAGCUCACGGCAGUGGUGGCUGAGGCUGCGCAGCACUGUCCUGUGUUGCGAGCAGCAGCAGAGGCAGGCGGGGUCAUGGCAGAGGAUGCUUCUAGGUCGACUCAAGACUUGCAACUGAGAGGGAACGAGCAUCAAGGGGAGGGGAGGCAAGCAGCGGGCCAGGCAGACCCUCCACUGGUGCAGUCGGAUCAAGCAGCAGUGCAGGCAGAGCAAGCGCCAGUGCAAGAUCAGCAAGAGGAGCAGCAGAAUCAGGAGAACGAGCAGCAGCAGCAGCAGGCGCAACAGGGGGAUGAGGAGCAGCAGCAGGAGGGUGGGCAGCAGCGGCAAGUGUUUCUAUCGGUGGUGGCGAGCGGUUCGGGCAGUCCGUGCAUUGACUUCAGACAAGUCACGUGGGAGCUGGCCCAGGCCUGCCAGGGGGCUGACCUCGUGGUGUUGGAAGGCAUGGGUCGCAGUCUGCACACCAACUACGACACGCGCUUCACCUGCGACUCACUCAAGCUGGCAAUGAUAAAGAACGAGCGGCUCGCAAAGAGGCUGGUGGGCGGCAGCAUGUACGACUGUGUUUGCCGGUUUCAGCCGGGAACAAAGUCCGAGAGGGAUGGGGAGUCCGAGGGGGAUGGGAUGAGAUGA